AUGGAAAGCAUUGGGCUUCGUGUAUAUCGUUAUGCUUAUAGUCAGAUGAAGAGGCCAAAGGUGAAGAAAUGUCUCGAAGAAAUUGAACAAGCCAAGAACCGUCUCAAGAGUGUGACACCAGAACAUGAAGGUGCACCUGUUCUUCUCCUUGCCCUGUUUGACGAGGAUGAAGAGCUCAUCUACAAGACUGUUGAGGAGACCGCCCAUGAUGAUGACUUGGGAGACAUGCCAGUGACGCCCAUAAUAUGUAUGAAAGGACCAGGUCUCUUUGAGGCAGAAAUGUUUACUGUCUGUGUGGAUGGUGUUGCGAUAUUGACUACUCAGCGGGCUGCAGCUUUCAAAGUCAUGUUCCUCUUAUACUUCGUUCUUAACAUAGAGUAUCCACCUGAAGUGGCUUUGACAUUGGAGUUUGUGCAGAGGGCAAUCGCGGGCAUGAACCCGGAAAGAAGCACAAAGGCACGACGAACGUCGAAGAAGCAGUAUUGUUUGUCGCCAAAAGUCGCUGCCUUGGCAAAUGCCCUGGAUCAAUACAAGUUCGAAGCUUGAGUUUGACCUCUAAAUAAACAGUAAA